AUGCCGAGAAAAGGAAUGAGGACCAUCUUCUUCAAGCCAUCGCCCUCCGGCUCUCCCGCGAGACCCGGUGCCCCAACACGCGGCGGCGACCCUUUCGCCGACACGUUAAUGGCGGAGCGAAUCGCGAGGGCGGAGCCUUUGAUCAAAAAGUGGGCCGUCGACUCCUCCAACCCCGAGUCUUCACCAUCCUCUUCCACUACCUCGGGAUAUGCCGGUGCCGUUCGUCUCUUCCGUGAGGGCCGCCAUGAAGCCAAGCUCUACCUCAGCAAGGUCAAGGACCUGCACUCCGCGAUGCUGCACUGCAUCGGUGGAGACUCGAACUCGGGCGCGAUCGUGCGGGCUCAUGAGCUGUUGCAGACCGCAGUGAGGCGGCUGUCCCAGGAGUUCCACCAGAUCCUGUCGUCGCAACUCCCGUAUCCCGAUCACCCAGAAUCAGUCUCGAGCCGGUCUUCGCGAGCCUCUACCCGGUCGAGCUUCUCGGAUUUUGAAUAUGAGUCGGAGGACGAGUUAUCAGCGAAGCAGUUUGCUGCUGAGCCAGUGAUGCAGGAAGACGAGCGAGUUCCUAAUGCAGCGGUUUCCGAUCUAAAGGCCAUCGCAGACUGCAUGAUCGCUUGCGGGUGCGGUAAAGAGUGCAUGGACAUCUACAAAAUCGUGCGAAGAUCAGUCGUCGAUGAGGAACUGUAUCAUCUAGGGUUCGAGAGGCUGAUUGGACCUUCGCAGAUGCAAAAGAUGGAUUGGGAGGUUCUGGAAGUGAAGGUCAAGAGCUGGCUGAGUGCCGUGAAGCCGGCGGUCCAGAGGCUUUUCUCUGGAGAGAGGAUCCUUUGCGACAAGGUCUUCACCGCGGCGUCGGUCAGGGAUUCCAUCUUCUCCAACAUUGCACAGGACGCCGCGGUUGCACUGUUUGGGUUCGCAGAGGGGGUAGCGAAGUCUAUCAAGAGGUCUCCAGAGAGAAUCUUCCGCCUACUCGACCUCUACCAGGCCAUUGCCAACCUCUGGCCGGACAUUGAGUCCACCUUCUCCUCCACCGCAACAACCGCUGUCCGAUCCCAAGCAAUCAAUUCACUGAUCAAGCUCGGAGAGGCGGUCCGUGCGACGCUUGGCAACUUCGAGGCAGCCAUCCAGAAGGAUUCUGCCAAGCAGUCCGCUAUCCCCAACGGCGGCAUCCACCCGCUGACGCGCUUCGUCGUGAACUACCUCGCCUUCCUCGCCGACUAUGACAGUGUCCUUGCCGACAUACUCGCCGACUGGCCGGUCAACAGUAGCCCUGAGCACCCGCAGUUCCCGGAUUCCUACUUUGCCGGCUGCGAGUCCGCCGCAUCCGUCGCCGCCGGAGACGGCGAUGCGUCAGCGAUGUUCACGUGGUUUUCGUGGCUCGUUCUUGUCCUGCUGUGCAAGCUCGACGUGAAGGCCGAGCAGUACAAGGGCGUGGCUCUCUCUUACCUCUUCCUCGCCAACAACCUCCGGUACGUCAUCGACAAGGUGGCUCGGUCCAACUUGAGGCACCUCCUCGGCGAGCACUGGGUGGAGAAGCACGAGUCGAAGGUGAAACUCUAUGCGAGCAACUACGAGCGGACGGGAUGGAGCAAGGUCUUCUCAUCAUUGCCCGAUCUCACCGUCAAGAUAUCUUCCGGCCAGGCGAAGGAAUCGCUGAGGAAGUUCAACGCGGCACUGGAGGAGGUUCGGGCCAAACAGGCGGGAUGGGCCGUGCCCGACUCGAAGCUGAGGGACGAGAUCGCGCGGUCGCUGGCGGAGAAGCUCGUGCCGGCUUAUCGGCGGCUCCACGACAGCUGUCCGAGGGGAGAUUCGGCGGUCAAAUACUCCCCUGAUGAUUUGGAUAAUUACUUGGCCGGCAUGUUGCGUGCCACCGGUGGUGACUCUGAGAGCUUGUCGACGGCGUCGCCGCGGUCGUCCAGUCACUGGCCGUCCCCGUUUCGUCUGUUCAGAGGGCGUCGUGGAGAAAAGUCGAGAGCCGGCGAUGUGUAA